UCACUUCCCCUAAAACCCUAAACCCUAGCUCUCCUCUCAAUUCUCCAUUUCAUUUGAUGCCAAUUGAAGCCAUCUCAUAUCUCUCCCCAAAACCUAAUCCUAACAUGCAAUCCCUCCGCAAUCUCAUCAUCCACAACAGGAAUCUCCUCAAUCUCCCCAAAUCCAGCAGAGUCUCCUCUCUUCGAUCAAUUUCCUCCAUCCAAAGACCCGCCAAUUUCUUGAAUCGAGGGUGGGAGGACGAGACUAAAGCUCUCGCUGACCCUGAUCGAAACGCUAGCGAUAGUUCUUGGAAUCCCUUCUUCAACCUCCCUGAACUCCCAGAAAACAACGAAAAGCCACAAAUUUCCACUGUCCAAGGAGCGCCGAAGCCGAAGGAACAGGAGAAAUUUAGGGUUUCGGCAGUUGGAAAGAGGAAGAAGGAGAAAACUAGGAUUUCGUGGGUCUGUGAGAACUGUGGAGCGACGACUGGGCAAUGGUGGGGGACUUGCCCGUCGUGUCACUUAAUGGGUACAGUGAAGCAGUUCUCGGAGAGCAGCGAGGUUACUAAGGGGAGGGGUGCUGAGGUGUCAGAGGCGGCCGUGAGGUCUUGGCUUCCGCAGAAAGCGGGGGAGUUGGUGCCUCAGAGCUUGAAGGAAGUGAAUAAGGAGAGGAAGCAGUCUGAAUGGAGAAUCCCACUGUCUGGGCAUUUUGGAAUGGAGGUUUCUCGGGUUCUUGGUGGUGGUCUUGUACCAGGUUCUUUAGUUUUAGUUGGUGGUGACCCUGGUGUUGGAAAAAGUACACUUCUAUUACAGCUUGCUGCAAAUAUUGCUGAAGGGCAUAAAUUUAACGGGCCUGCUCCAGUUAUAUAUGUCUCUGGCGAGGAGAGCAUCGAACAAAUUGGGAACAGGGCAGAUCGCAUGAGAAUCACAACGGCGGAACUUUUCUUGUACUCAAGUACUGAUAUUGAGGACAUAUUGGACAAGAUUCAAGCACUCUCUCCACAAGCAGUUAUUGUGGAUUCAAUUCAGACAGUCUAUCUAAAAGGAGUUACUGGAAGUGCUGGGAAUGUCAUGCAGGUGAAGGAGUGCACAUCUGCAUUGCUACGAUUUGCUAAGCAAACAAAUAUUCCAGUGCUUUUAAUUGGACAUGUUACAAAAACAGGAGAUAUAGCGGGGCCUCGUAUUUUAGAGCACAUAGUGGACGCUGUCUUAUACAUGGAGGGUGAGAGGUACUCGUCUUAUCGUUUGCUAAGAUCAGUGAAGAAUCGUUUUGGUUCAACAGAUGAGCUUGGGGUAUUUGAAAUGUCAGAAUCUGGCCUUGAAGCAGUCUCAAAUCCUAGUGAGAUUUUUUUAACGGAACAUUAUUCUGAUUCUGAGGUCUUAGCUGGACUUGCAGUUGCUGUAACUGUUGAUGGGUCUCGAACUUUUGUAUUAGAAAUCCAGGCAUUAUGUGCUUCUGGCUCGUCUACUGCAAGACAUGUUGAUGGUGUACGAGAAAGCAGAGCUGACAUGAUAAUUGCUGUCCUUAUGAAGCAGGCAGGUUUAAAGCUCCAAGAUAGCGCUAUCUUUCUGAAUGUUGUUAGUGGAUUUAAGUUGACAGAGACAGCUGGAGACCUUGCUAUAGCAGCUGCAAUAUGCAGCAGUUUCUUGGAAUUUCCCAUCCCGACUGAUGUGGCAUUUAUUGGUGAGAUUGGACUGGGUGGUGAGCUCCGCACGGUUCCACGAAUGGACAAGAGAGUGCUAGCUGUUGCUAAAUUGGGGUACAAGAGAUGUGUCAUACCUAAGACAGCAGAGAAAUCGCUCAGAUCCCUCAAGAUGGAUAUCACAAUUGUAGGCUGCAGAACUUUGAAAGAGAUGAUCAACACCGUAUUCAGAGAAGGAUGAAUGUGUCAAAUCCUAAUAUUUUGUUUCCAAUGUCAUUGGUGCUUAUGCUUUUGCAGUCAAUGGGACAACAGUGAUAAUAGGGCCAAUAUAUAUUAUUGUUGUGUAUUACACAACUUUUAUAUAUCAUUUUAAAUACUUUAUGGGACAAA